GGCACUAUGGCUAACCAGCUGUUUGUCAUUCUGCUGUUUGCUUUUUUGUCAAGACUCCUGGAGGCAGAAAUAAAUGUAUUCUUAGGGGACAAAACUGCCAACAAAUUUCUGAGCAGAACUAGGCGUGCCAAUGCAAUGUUCGAGGAGUUUAAGAAAGGAAAUAUUGAACGAGAGUGUUAUGAGGAGAGGUGCUCAAAAGAAGAAGCCAGAGAGGUCUUUGAAGAUCAAGCGAAAACAGAAGCAUUCUGGAAUAAAUAUUUUGAUGGGGACCAAUGUGAGCCUAACCCUUGCCAUUAUGGUGGGACGUGCAACGAUGGAAUUGGUAAAUUUACCUGUAUGUGUUUAGAUGGUUAUCAUGGCCUCCAAUGUGAAUCAGUGAUCCAAAAGUAUUGCAAACUCAACAAUGGUGGCUGUCACCACUUCUGCACCCUUGUGGAAAACACUGUUGUGUGCUCUUGCGCUGAUGGAUAUAUUCUGGGGGAAGAUGAAACAUCCUGUGUUGCUACAGGAAGUUUUCCCUGUGGUCAAAUUACAGUGAGAAAGAGAGCACCAAAGAACAAGAGGGAAGCAAGUUCAUUUGGAGGCACAACUGAUACUUUCCAUGACUAUGAUGAAAAAGAUUUGAUUUUUGAUGAUUCAUUGAGUGACCAGAAUUUUACCAGUUCUCAGGGUGAAGUCUCACUCAACACUGCAGAGAACAACUCUAACUCAGAAACUGAGCAUGAUCCUGGUAUGAGAGUAGUUGGCGGCCAAGACUGUAUGCCGGGUGAAUGUCCGUGGCAGGCACUUCUAAUAAAUGAAGAAGGUGACGGGUUUUGCGGAGGAACAGUUUUGAACCAGUUUUUUGUGCUUACUGCAGCUCAUUGUAUAAACCAAACAAAAUCAAUUAGAGUUAUUUUAGGGGAAGUGGACACAGCUGCAAGAGAAAGAACGGGAACUCUUUACGCUGUAGAAAAAAUACUCGUCCAUCACAGAUUUGUGCUGCAAACUUACGACUACGAUAUAGCCCUGAUUAAGCUGAAGAGACCUAUCCAGUUCUCUGUAAAUGUUACUGCUGCAUGCCUUCCCACUCCGGACUUUGCAAAUCAAAUCCUAAUGGCUCAAGACGCAGGCAUUGUUAGCGGCUUUGGGCGCAUCCAUGAAAAAGGUCGGCAGUCUGCCAAGCUUCAAGUUGUUAAGCUUCCCUAUGUUGACAGGAAUACCUGCAAGCUGUCAAGCAACUUUGCAAUCACCGAAAAUAUGUUCUGUGCUGGCUAUAAUACAGUUGCACAAGAUGCAUGUCAGGGUGACAGCGGAGGCCCUCAUGUGACUGAAUACAAGGGCACUUAUUUUGUUACUGGUAUAGUCAGCUGGGGAGAAGGGUGUGCAAGAAAAGGAAAAUACGGGGUUUACACAAAAGUGUCAAAAUUCAUAUUUUGGAUCAAGAGAAUUAUGUCCCGAACCAUGCAAAACAAUGUUGCAUGAACAGGGCAGCUGUUAUCUAUUUGGUGGGUCUAGGGGCAUUCAGCAGUGAAUUCUGUUUAGAACUACCAACACCAUUUCCAAGACUUCCUUUGAAAACUGCUGCCAUUGACUAAUGUGCUUUUCACAUAGCUUGCCUCUUUACCUUGCUAUAGCGGAACUCCCACACAUUUAUACUGGGGUUUUUUAAACAUUUAUUUAUUUCAACUCUUACAACUUAUC